GCGCUCCGUGCCCGUGUAUUCCCGCCCUGCCCUUCGCCGGCUGUUCCGUGGCGGGAACUCGGGCGACCGUCCUGACGGCGGCUACUGGUGAAGUAACCAUGCAGGCUUUUCUAAAAGGCACAUCUGUCAGUACUAAACCACCACUGAAGGAUCGAGUAGCUGCCACAGCUGGAAGCAGUGGAGAGAACAAGAAAGCCAAACCUGUUCCGUGGGUGGAAAAAUAUCGCCCAAAAUGUGUGGAUGAAGUCGCUUUCCAGGAAGAAGUGGUUGCAGUACUGAAAAAGUCUUUAGAAGGAGCUGAUCUCCCUAAUCUCUUGUUUUAUGGGCCACCUGGAACUGGAAAAACAUCCACUAUUCUGGCAGCAGCUAGAGAGCUUUUUGGGCCUGAGUUGUUUCGAUUGAGAGUUCUUGAAUUAAAUGCAUCUGAUGAACGUGGAAUACAGGUUGUUAGAGAAAAAGUGAAGAAUUUUGCUCAAUUAACUGUGUCAGGAAGUCGUUCAGAUGGGAAACCAUGUCCACCUUUUAAGAUUGUGAUUCUGGAUGAAGCAGAUUCUAUGACCUCGGCUGCUCAGGCAGCUUUACGACGUACUAUGGAGAAGGAGUCUAAAACCACCCGAUUCUGUCUCAUCUGUAACUAUGUCAGUCGAAUAAUUGAACCUCUGACCUCUAGAUGUUCUAAAUUCCGCUUCAAACCACUGUCAGAUAAAAUUCAACAGCAGCGAUUACUAGACAUUGCUGAUAAAGAACAUGUCAAAAUUAGCAAUGAGGGAAUAGCUUAUCUUGUUAAAGUGUCAGAAGGAGACUUAAGAAAAGCUAUUACAUUUCUUCAAAGUGCUACUCGAUUAACAGGUGGAAAGGAGAUCACAGAGAAGGUGAUCACAGACAUUGCUGGGGUAAUACCAGCUGAGACCAUCGAUGGACUAUUUGCUGCAUGUCAGAGUGGCUCUUUUGACAAACUAGAAGGUGUGGUAAAAAAUUUAAUAGAUGAGGGCCAUGCAGCCACUCAGCUUGUAAGUCAACUUCAUGAUGUGGUUGUAGAAAACGAGAACCUUUCCGACAAACAGAAAUCCAUCAUGACAGAAAAACUUGCUGAAGUAGACAAGUGCUUAGCGGAUGGUGCUGAUGAACAUCUACAACUGAUCAGCCUCUGUGCUACUGUGAUGCAGCAGUUAACUCAGAAUUGCUGAAAUGUUCGUAAGAUGUUUAAAACUUACACAAAUAAAAUAACCAAGACACCUUUAAA